CUUAGAGAGAGCAAACAGAUCACGAAAGAGUCCACACUUGGUUCGUGUUCUAGACGUGCAGGGAAUACGAUAGAAGAUCGUAAGGUACGGUCGAGCAGUAUUCGUGGUUUAUAGCAAGACGUGCUAUAACAAGUUCAACCAGCGUUCGUGUCGCAGGGAGUUGAGAUUCAAAAAUGGGCUCUUUCAAUCCACUUGCCAUUAUUCUCAAAGAAAAUAAACUUACUGGACCAAACUAUGUUGACUGGAAAAGAAAUUUGAAUAUUGUGUUAACUGCUGAGGGCCACAAAUAUGUGCUAUCUACGGCGUGCCCUCCUAUACCUGAAGAAAAUGCCACAGAACAGGAAGCAAAGCCUUAUAAAGAUUGGGUUAAGGCUGAUGAGAUGGCGCGGUGUUAUAUUUUGGCUUCUAUGUCGAAUAUAUUGCAACAUCAGCAUCAAGCUAUGGAAAUUGCUUCUGAUAUGAUGCUGAACCUCAAAGAAAUGUUUGGGGAUCAGAAUCGGGCAGCAAGGCUAGUUGCUAUGAAAGAAUUGGUGAGCAUCACCCAUGUUGAAGGGACCCCGGUUAGGGAUCAUGUUCUAAAGAUGAUAGCUCUUCUUAAUGAACUAGAGAUCCUUGGAGCUGAAAUUGAUGGAGAAACCCAGAUCGAUUUCGUUCUCAACUCACUGCAGUCUGAGAGUUUUAAGCAGUUUCGCUUGACUUAUUCUAUGAACAAAAUGAAUUUAUCUUUGGCGGAACUUCUUAAGGAACUCCAAGCAGCUGAGGGUCUUUUGGUUGCGAAGAAACCACCAUCAGUGCUAGUGGCAGAGAAGGCUUCUACUUCUAAGCCGAAAGGCAAGAAGAAGCAAAAU